AUGGGGCGAAUGCACAAUCCUGGUAAAGGCAUGUCGAAAUCGGCGUUGCCAUAUCGCCGUUCAGUGCCAUCGUGGCUGAAGCUUACUAGCUCAGACGUACAGGAACAGAUAGUGAAACUUGCGAAGAAGGGUCUUCGUCCCUCACAGAUCGGUGUUAUUCUUAGGGAUUCUCACGGAGUCGCUCAAGUGCGCCGUGUCACAGGAAACAAAAUCUUCAGAAUUCUUAAAGCUAAGGGCAUGGCACCUGAGAUUCCCGAGGAUCUCUACCACCUUAUUAAGAAAGCUGUUUCGAUCCGAAAGCAUCUCGAGCAUUCCCGCAAGGACAUUGACAGCAAGUACAGGCUUAUUCUUGUAGAGUCACGGAUUCAUCGUCUCGCUCGUUAUUACAAAACCACCCGUCAGUUACCGGCUACGUGGAAAUACGAGUCUGCGACUGCUGCUUCUCUCAUUUCAUAA